CGCGGCGAAUCAUUUGUUUCAGCGCGCCCUCAACGCACAGUUGCUGCUAAGUGCAAUAAUUAUUGCUAAUUUAUCACUUAAAGUGUAAACAUUUGCUAAAAAUAUUAUUAGCCAGCCAUGUCUGACGUGUUCAUUGUGUCUGCGGCGCGAACGCCCAUUGGCAGCUUCAAUGGAACACUUUCUAAACUGAAGGCAUCCGAUCUGGGCAGCGUGGUCAUCCAGGAGGUGCUGAAGCGUGCCAAUGUCGAGGCGCCGCAAGUCAAUGAAGUCAUCAUGGGCCAGGCACUGACGGCAGGUCAAGGUCAGAAUCCCGCCCGCCAGGCCGCACUCAAAGCUGGCCUGCCCAUCGAGGUGCCCGCCUAUGGCAUCAAUAUGCUCUGCGGCUCGGGUCUGAAAACCGUCGCAUUGGGCUACCAGGCGAUACGCACGGGCGAUGCACAGAUCGUUAUUGCUGGCGGCCAGGAGAGCAUGUCCCUGGCACCGCAUGUCAUGCAUCUGCGCCAGGGCGUUAAAAUGGGCGCUGGCACGCUACUGGACUCCAUGCUCAACGAUGGCCUGACCGAUGCCAUGGAGAACAUACACAUGGGCAUCACAGCCGAGAAUCUGGCGGAGAAGUAUCAAAUAAGCCGCGAGGCCCAGGAUGCCUAUGCGGUGCAGUCGCAGCAGCGCGCCGAACUGGCACAGCAGCAGGGCUAUUUUGACGCCGAGAUUGUGCCCGUCGAGAUCAAGGAUCGCAAGGGCACACAGCUAUUUAGCAAAGACGAGUACAUCAAGAGCGGCAGCAAUGUGGAGGGCCUGCAAAAGUUGCGUGCCGCCUUCAAGGAGGGCGGCACCAUCACACCCGGCAAUGCAUCCGGCGUUAACGAUUCGGCUGCAGCGCUACUGCUCAUGUCCGGCGAGGAGCUUAACAAGCGCGGCCUCAAGCCACUGGCCAAAAUUGUCGGCUGGGCACAGACUGGCAUUGAGCCCAAAGUCAUGGGCCUGGGUCCAGUGUCCGCUGUGGAAGCACUGCUGACCAAAAUCGGCUGGAGCCGUGAUGAAGUGGAUCUCUAUGAGCUGAACGAAGCGUUUGCCGCUCAGUCGCUCGCCGUGCUUCAGUGCCUUCAGCUGGAUGCCAGCAAAGUGAAUGUGCAUGGCGGCGCCAUUGCACUGGGCCAUCCCAUUGGCGCCUCGGGCGCACGUGUCCUGGUCACAUUGCUCUACGCCCUGCAGCGUACUGGCGGACGUCGCGGCAUCGCCUCGCUAUGCAUUGGCGGCGGCAUGGGCAUCGCUCUGGCCGUUGAGCGCAUCAUCUAAAUUAGUCAAUAGAAUCAAUUGAAUUGAAUUGCUUCCGUUAUUACCCUCUGCUGUAUAGUCACAAUAUGUAUUGUUUAUUAUUUUCCUUUGGUAUUAUGCUUGUUCACAAAUCUAAGUGUAGUCUGAAACUUUGUAUUGAUAUCUAUAAAUUUUAAAUACCUAAUUGCA